UAAACGGCACAAGCGCACAUGCAACAUCGCUGGGAUAGGCUACGCGAGGGAGGGAGUGUAGGCUCUUGCUUGGGCGAGAGAAAUUCCUCUGCAAUUUUAGUUUUUAACCAUCCGUACCAGCGUUGCUCCUGAUCUAAACGCAUUACUUUGUUUUUCGUGGAUUUAACGAGUAUUGCUGGACACAGGGAAUCAGGGUUACUGCUUCUUUAAUUUUUUUGGGGGGGAUGGGCUAUUUUCAUAACGUCAUUUUAUUCCUCCCUCUUUUUCAUUUUGUCAUUCUUUGAUUCUUUUUCUCCCCCCAUUUCCUAAAUGGAACAGAUUGGCCAAGCCUUUUCAUUUCCUAGCUUUCCCAAUUUUUAUUCAAAGUUACUAUUUUUAUUUUUCAGGAUUUUUAAGGUGAACUUUUCUUCUGUGUCAUCAUUUUUGGAGGGCUUACACCUUAGUGGACGUAAACUGCAAGUCAAUUGAGGCGAUGGUGGAGGUGUUUAUGAUGAUGAUGAUGAUGAUGAUGAUGAUGAUGAACUGUAAAAGAAUGAUUCACUAACUUUUCUGUCUUUUGCUACCUGACAAGUCCUUAUAAGUUCAUUUUCAUCAUGAUGUACUCUCCUCUCUGUCUUACUCAGGAUGAGUUUCAUCCGUUCAUCGAGGCCCUACUGCCGCAUGUGCGUGCCUUCGCCUACACCUGGUUCAACCUGCAGGCGCGCAAACGCAAGUACUUCAAGAAGCACGAGAAGAGGAUGACCAAGGAGGAAGAGCGGGCGGUGAAGGACGAGCUGCUUGGAGAGAAGCCCGAGGUCAAGCAGAAGUGGGCGUCGCGGCUGCUGGCCAAACUCCGCAAGGACAUCCGGCCCGAGUGCCGUGAGGACUUUGUGCUGUCCAUCACGGGGAAGAAGCCCCCCUGCUGCGUCCUCUCCAACCCUGACCAGAAGGGCAAGAUGAGGAGGAUCGACUGCCUGCGCCAAGCCGACAAGGUAUGGAGGCUGGACCUGGUCAUGGUCAUCCUGUUCAAGGGAAUCCCGCUGGAGAGCACGGACGGAGAGCGCCUGGUCAAGGCGGGGCCGUGCAACAACCCCAUCCUCUGUGUCCAGCCACACCACAUCAGCGUCUCGGUCAAGGAGCUGGACCUCUACCUGGCCUACUUCGUACAGGAGAGAGAGUCAGAGCAGAGCAGUAGCCCACGCACAGGUAUUGGGUCAGAUCAGGAGGAUAGCCGAGCUGCCACCAUGGAUGCUCCUGAGUUUCAGGAAAGCUUUGUGACGUCAGGAGUUUUUAAUGUAACAGAGCUGGUGCAAGUGUCCAGAACUCCGGUGGUGACAGGGGCAGGCCCUAACUUUUCUCUGGGAGAGCUGCAGGGGCACCUGGCCUACGACCUUAACCCCUCAGGGGUGGGCAUGAGGAGAACCCUGCCCAGCACCUCCUCCAGUGGGAGUAAGAGGCACAAGUCGGGAUCCAUGGAGGAUGAUGUGGACACCAGUCCUGGGGGAGAGUACUAUACCUCUCCCAACUCCCCGGCUAGCAGCUCCCGCAACUGGCAGGAGGAUCUGGAAGGAGGCAUGUCCCCUGGAGUAAAGAAGACCGAGAUGGACAGCCCGUCUCCUCAAGAGAGCUCCCCACGCCUCGGCUUCACACAGCACCACCGGCCCGUCAUCGCAGUGCACAGUGGGAUUUCUCGUAGUCCGCACCCCUCCUCGUCUUUGCACUUCCCCACCACCUCCAUCCUGCCCCAGUCCACCUCCUACUUCCCCCACACCGCCAUCCGCUACCCGCCACACCUAAGCUCCCAAGACCCGCUGAAGGACCUGGUCUCCCUGGCCUGUGACCCGUCCAACCAGCAGCCCAGCCCACUGAACGGCAGUGGUCAAGUGAAGGUGCCCAGUCACUACAUCUCCUCCCAGAUGCUGGCGCCUCCUCCGCCCCCCGGGAUGCCCCGACUGACGCUGCCCUCCGACUCCAAGUCCAGCACCACCACCUCGGACGGGGGAGCCAACUCCCCCACGUCACCCAGUAAGUGGGCCGCUGCAUACUCAGCUCCUGGGACACCUCCUGCCAACCGCUCUUUUGUAGGGAUCGGACCUCGAGACCCUGGCACACUCUACCAGGCACAGUCCUGGUACCUGGGGAACUAAACAACACAAGGAUAAGCGAAAGGGGCAUGGACACAUGGAUUUGAGAUUCAACACUUUUUGUGGAAUUAAGAAAA